UCACGUGACGGGGGAGUGACCUCGCCGCCCGGCGCCAUGGGGGCUUCGGACCCGGAAGUGGCGCCCUGGGCUCGCGGCGGUGCCGCGGGAAUGGCGGGAGCCGGAGCAGGAGCAGGAGCUCGCGGCGGAGCGGCGGCGGGGGUCGAGGCCCGGGCUCGCGACCCGCCGCCCGCACACCGCGCGCACCCGCGCCACCCUCGGCCUGCGGCGCAACCCUCCGCCCGCAGGAUGGACGGCGCGUCCGGGGGCCUGGGCUCCGGGGACAACGCCCCGACCACCGAGGCUCUUUUCGUGGCGCUGGGUGCAGGAGUGACGGCUCUCAGUCACCCGCUGCUCUACGUGAAGCUGCUCAUCCAGGUGGGUCAUGAGCCGAUGCCCCCCACCAUUGGGACCAAUGUGUUGGGGAGGAAGGUCCUCUACCUGCCGAGCUUCUUCACCUACGCCAAGUACAUUGUGCAAGUGGAUGGGAAAAUAGGGCUGUUCCGAGGCCUGAGCCCCCGGCUGAUGUCCAACGCCCUCUCCACCGUUACCCGGGGCAGCAUGAAGAAGGUUUUCCCUCCCGAUGAGAUCGAGCAGGUGUCCAACAAGGAUGACAUGAAGACUUCUCUGAAGAAGGUGGUGAAGGAGACCUCCUAUGAGAUGAUGAUGCAGUGCGUGUCCCGCAUGCUGGCCCACCCCCUGCAUGUCAUCUCAAUGCGCUGCAUGGUCCAGUUUGUGGGACGGGAGGCCAAGUACAGCGGCGUGUUGAGCUCCAUUGGGAAGAUUUUCAAAGAAGAGGGGCUGCUGGGAUUCUUUGUUGGCUUAAUCCCUCACCUCCUGGGAGAUGUGGUUUUCUUGUGGGGCUGUAACCUGCUGGCCCACUUCAUCAAUGCCUACCUGGUGGAUGACAGCGUGAGUGACACCCCAGGGGGGCUGGGGAACGACCAGAAUCCAGGUUCCCAGUUCAGCCAGGCCCUGGCCAUCCGCAGCUACACCAAAUUUGUGAUGGGGAUCGCAGUGAGCAUGCUGACCUACCCCUUCCUGCUGGUUGGUGACCUCAUGGCUGUGAACAACUGCGGGCUGCAGGCCGGGCUCCCCCCUUACUCCCCAGUGUUCAAGUCCUGGAUCCACUGCUGGAAGUACCUGAGCGUGCAGGGCCAGCUCUUCCGUGGCUCCAGUCUGCUUUUCCGCCGGGUGUCAUCAGGAUCGUGUUUUGCCCUGGAGUAACCUGAAUCACCAAGAAAAAAAAAAAAAAACAAAAACAAAACAACCACCCAGUCUCAGCCUGGCUACUAUGCGUGAGGCCUGAUCAUCUCCGGGCACCUGUAAGACGACCAACCCAGCAACACCUAGCACAGCUGGGCUUUGGUUUCCAUAUUUGCCAUGUGUCUGUCCAGAAUCGGGUUGGGUGGGGAUAAGGCUUCGCCCAGUGGAUUGUUCAGCAUUGCACCUGGGGAAGAUGGGGUGAGGCUGGGGAACUGGGGCAAAGUCCUCUCCCUUUGUGGAUUUGCCGAGUCUGCCCCGUGCAGGGGGCCGGAGAAUGGCUUGUGGGGGCCCAGGUUGGAUGGGUGAAGGCUCACAGGGUCAGGUCCCACCCCCCAGCCACACCCCUCAAGUCAGCCCCAGGCUCCAUUCCUGCAGCUCAGCUGGGAGCGUCGCUCUCCUGCUUUGUAAAUACAGCUCGAUCCCCUUCAUGAGGCCACCAUCAUGUCCAGGCCUAUGCUAGGAAGCUCUUGCUAGGUUCUGCCUUCGUUUUUCUCAACACUACUUUUCUGAUAAGAAGGCAGCACCUUCUGAAUGGGAAAUCAUGUGACCACCCAGAAUGUAUCGCCCUUGUCCAGUGUUCAUUGGUUUAAUGGUGAUGCCUCACGUGCAGGAUCUGGUUGUUACCUGUUCAGUUGUAAACACCCAGACAUUAGACAGAUCAGUGUCUCUAGUCCUACCCAGUUUCAAGUUCCUAGUACGAUCUGACCCUUUCUCCCCCAAAUAAAUGUAUUGGUGGUGAUUUGGA